CUUGUAACCCCCAAGGCACUUGGUGCUUCAUCUUUGUGAGAGAUGCUGAUGCCAAGAACCCCCUCUCCUACCCUCGUAGGUGGUCAUCCAGCCACAAUUCCAUGACGAACAUGCCAAGUCUGGGUGCUACUUAAGAAUCCGGGUGGCCACUUUAUGUUUCUUCCAUUAAACAUCCUCUCUUCAGUCUCUCACCAUGAUCUUCUCCAGUAUAUCUCUCCUCUCGCUGUUAUCGGGCGCACUGGCCAGUGCUGUCCCCCAAGGAGCGAAUACCUGGAAAACUUUACCUUCUAUCCCCAUUGCUCCCCGGCAAGAACAUGGUGUCGUCGCACUCUCGGAAAAGACCCUUGCAAUCAUCGGUGGGAUUGUUCCCAAUCGCGAGGCCAAUGGGUAUGAGACGACUGCUAUUAUGCAAUUCUUCAAUACGCGAUCGAAUUCAUGGCGUCGAUACGUCACCGAGGCGCCCGUGAAAGUGAAUCAUCCCAAUGUCGCUGCAGUCAAUGGCAAGAUCUACCUUCUCGGUGGACUUUCAGAUAUCGACAAUGGAGCUUGGCGAGCAUUUUCAGAUUCCUGGGUCUACAAUCCCGAUGUCGAUGAGUGGACGGAGCUCGACCCGGUUCCUGAGGAUGAAGAGAGAGGCAGUGCUGCGAUUGGUGUUUAUGGAAACAUUAUCUACAUGGCUGGAGGUAUGCGCACCUUGGAACCAAUUGGGCCAGGCGGAGAACAAGAUACCGUCGAUUUUGUCUCUGCUUUCAACACCAAGACUUCACAAUGGAUCGAUCUUCCCUCCGCAGCAAAGAAGCUCCCCGAAGGCCGUGAUCACGCAACAGCCUCUAUCGUCGGAAACAAAUUCUACGUUCUCGGCGGUCGCCUCCGCGGCCAACGCAACGUAAAAGACACAGUUUUCAUUCUCGAUCUGGAGGAUCUAGAAGCAGGCUGGACGACCAGCGAAGCGCGCAUGCCCACUCCCCGCGGUGGUGCCGUUUCCGGUACAAUCGGCACCAAAGUCUACGUUUUAGGCGGAGAAGGAAACACUACUUCAGAUUCGGAGGGUAUGUUUGACCAAAUUGAGGUCUUUGAUACAAAGACCGGGAAGUGGGAGGAGCUCGGUACUAUGAAGCUGCCAAGACAUGGAGGCGCGGCUGUUGCGAUUAAGGGUGGCAUUUACCUUCCAGGUGGAGGCAUAACGGAGGGAGGUUCUCCGGUUGAUACCCUGGAUGUCUACUGGCCGUAGCCAGACAUUCGCUGUUUUUUAUGUGUAUUUCUAGCGUUUAAUGAUUAAUGACUCUAAACUGUAUUCUUCUAAGUGAUUCGGGUUCCGAGUGAUCUUCA